AUGACUGCUGAAAAUUCCAUUGUUCCUCCUAAGGACGAAGAGGAGUUGGCUCUAGAAAAACUCGUUUUUGGAGACGUGGCCGGGUUUGAGGCCAACUUGCGAAAAAUCGAGAACCUCUAUGAAUAUUCCGAUGAAGAUGAUGGAAUGCAUUCUGACUUUGAAAACGGGUCGUCUGUCACUGGAAGCGAUGUUGAAAAUGAAGACGAGGAUCUCUUUUUUAUCGAUGAUGGUGGAGAUGCCUCUGUGGCACAUGUCCCUUCUACUACAGACGAUAUGGACAUUGACAAUGAAACUGAGGAAGAAGAGGCUGCAUGGAUCGACAGUGACGACGACAAGAACACCGUAUCGAUUCUCUCCAAUAAGUUGAAACAGUAUCGUCAAGCUCCUGAAGAACAGACGGUUUCUGGCGCUGCGUAUGUGACUAGAUUGCGAAGCCAGUUUGAGAAAAUCUACCCCAGACCAGAAUGGGUUGUCACUUUUGGAGAAGAGAAGAAGGGUAACGAGAAAGAAGUGGAAGACUAUACCGAGGAGGCCGAAGAAGACUCUUCAGUGGGUAUUAAUACGACAGAGUUGACGUCGAUCUUAAAUUCCACGAAUAACUAUAUUAAGACCACUACCAAACUACUUCCUCCUACCAAAUUGGAUAUUAUGAGACUCAAAGACGCCAACAUCGUCCGUCGCUCCCGAGGAGCAGUUCAUGGCUUGUGUUUCCACCCUCUGCAUCCACUCUUGAUCUCCGGAGGUACGGAUAGAACCCUCAGAGUGUACCACAUCGAUGGCCGCAUAAACAAGUUUGUUUCGCUGGUUCAUUUCCGUGAUCUGCCUAUCCGCACCGUUCAGUUUGCUCCUGGCUCUAACUUGGUGUAUGCUGCUGGCCAUAGAAAGUACAUGAACAGAUGGAACAUUUUCAGUGGAGAAAUCGACAAGAUCCUGAGAAUGUAUGGACAAGAGAAGUUCCAGAAGUCAUACGAGUACUUCAAGAUAAGCCCUAAUGGUACAUACGUUGCAUUGCUAGGAAGUUCUGGCUGGGUCAACUUAGUGAAUGGUCAAACUGGCCAGUUCGUCAGAGGAUAUAGAGUAGAUGGUGAUGCCGUGGACUUUGAGUUCACUAAGGACGAAAAGAUGCUUAUGGUGGCCAAUCGUGCCGGAGACAUGUGGGAAUUUCAAGUAGAUUCCUCUUCCACAAAGAUCCUUCGUCGUUGGGCAGAUUUGGAUGCAGUUGCUGUUACUGCCAUCAGAUUUGGUGGACCAGGAGACCGCUGGUUGGCUGUGGGCACUGAAAGUGGUGUUGUUCAUCUUUAUGACCGUUCAACUUUUGCCACGGUUGCUGCUGGUGCAAACCCAAAGCCUUUCAGGGAGGUUGGCAAUUUGGUGACACCUAUCUCACAUUUGGCAUUCUCGCCAGACGGACAAAUUUUGUGCAUUUCUUCCAAACAUAAAAAGGAUGCAUUAAAGAUGGUGCAUUUGCCUCUGGGUACUGUUUUCGCCAACUGGCCUACUAGUGGAACGCCACUUGGAAGAGUGACGGUGACUGAAUUUUCCCCUAAUGGUCAGAUGGUUGCCAUUGGUAACGAUGUGGGAAAGAUCACGUUGUGGAGGUUGAACCAUUACUAG